CUUUCAGAGAAUCUGUAUUUAGUGCUUGCAAAGAGCUGAUCUGACGUCAGGCUUCGACUCACGUAGCUAGCAGCAGACUGGUCCCUAAACACCCGCCCACAUUCACCUCUAAACACAAAGCAGUCCUUUUCUCUGUCUAAAUAUCUGCUGGUCUUCGAGUCAUCGAGAAGCUGAAGCGAAGCACACGUACCUCAAGCAAACUGGAAAUCUAACGCAGUCGAGUGCAGUCGUGCAGGUGUUCUGCUGUCGGACCAUGGAUGCGCGGAGAGAGCUCUUCCAUUACACAGACGCCGUCGAGCAGAUCUGAAAGGCAUCGGCCGAGAUGCACCGUAGCUGCUGUCACCAAGCGCCGAUCUAUAGUGAUACCGGCCGGGUUUUAUCAUGGUUUUCAGACGGUCAGCUCGGAGAAUGCGGUGGCUGGGAUGUUAUCGGUUGGGGCCCGUAUGGAAAGCACUUCUGAUAUUUGUUGUCAUCGCUUUUGCGGGACAACUUCUGGGAGUCAUCUUCAACAAGAGCUGGAUGCAGCCAGAGAGACCUCACUCCAUCUACUCUUUUCCCUCUGAGAAUUCCCAAGGGGACUCUCUCGGGUCUUGCCAGCCACACACCCACAUCAUGUUCCUGAAGACUCAUAAGACGGCAAGCAGCACCGUUCUCAAUUUGCUCUAUCGCUUUGGAGAGGAGCGGGGCCUUAAAUUUGCCCUACCUGUGGGGUACCAAUUUGGCUACCCACUGCCAUUUAUCGCUCAGAGGGUGAAAGGAUACAGAGGCCCUCAUGUGGCAGAAUUUGACAUUAUGGGAAAUCAUAUGCGGUUCAACAGACCAGAGGUUGAGAAGGUCAUGCCAGCUGACACCUUCUAUUUCUCUAUCCUUCGAGACCCUGUGGCGCUAGCUGAAUCCUCCUAUGCCUACUAUAAAAAUGUUGCUCCUGCCUUCAGGCGUGCCAAAGGACUGGCUGAUUUUGCAGACAACCCCUAUAAGUACUAUGACCCCAGAGUCCGAAACAACCAUUAUGCCCGCAACCUGAUGUGGUUUGAUUUUGGUCUGGAUCAUACCUCCAACUUCAGCUUUGCGCUGGCCAAGCGCGGUGUGGCCGCAGUGCGUCGGAACUUCAAGCUCAUCCUUAUCUCAGAGUACUUCGAUCAAUCUAUGGUGCUGCUCCGUCACGCUCUUUGCUGGCCUCUAGAUGCUGUGGUUUCUUUUAGCCUGAACGCCAGGCAGCAGAUGCCCAGUGGAAGAUCAGGAUGGGUGGGCAAGGCUGCAGCUCCAGCUCCUUUGGCAUUAACAGACAAGCAAAGAUUGAAAUUACGUGAAUGGAAUGCACUCGACUGGCACCUUUACCAAGCUUUUAAUCUCACUUUCUGGCAGGAUGUAGAUCGCUUCGGGCGUAGUAGGAUGGAGUCUGAGGUGGCCCUGCUUAGGACCAAACGGGAAGUUCUCACUCGCAUCUGCUUGCGUGAUGGCGGCCGCCCCAUAGAGGCCAGUCGCAUCCGGGACAAGACCAUCCGUCCUUUCCAGAGUGGAUUAGUGAAGAUCUUGGGUUACGAGUUGCAGUCGGGACUAGACAACGCCACGUGGGAAGCUUGCCUACGCAUGAUCAGGCCUGAAAUCCAAUACAAAGACUUGCUGGAUCUUCGGCAGUUCCCUCGAGCCCAACAACCCCAAGCUGCUGGAGGGCUUCCAGUAAAGAGGGAGCCCUCAGUACUCAGGAAUGAAGACCGUGGGGGAAAGAGGUUGGUGGAAAAGGAUUGGGAUGGGACCAUUCUAUUUCGGAAUCAAUCAUUAGAGCAGAUUGAUUCAAAAGUAAGACUUAGAUAGUAAGCUAGUUGCACCUUUUUGCCUCAAGGUCAGUAGUUCUGACCCAUUUUGGCUCAACGGGCCUCUGUGCUGCACUACUAGAGGAGAAGGGAUAUCAAGACACACAACACACUACUUUGUCAUCUACUCUUCCUUCCUCCAUCUUGCCCUUCUGCACUCUUAUUUUACACAACACAGAGUUCCAGAGUGAAGAAGAGGUCUGUGAGAACAUUGCAAUGGUUGGGGUGAUAUAAUGUUUCAAGCAUGCCGUAUGGAAGCUAAAUGCACAAACUCACUAAAUGGAGGAGAAGUGAGAAAAUGCUGCUUCCCUGUGCAUGAUGAGUCAUGGUAUAUUACAAAAAAACUUAGCAGUGCACAUUAUGUAAGUGAUUGCAGUGUGUCAGACAUACUGCUAAAAGCCUACUUUUAAAUAGGUAACGUGUAUUUGGUACGUUAGCCUUCAAAAGUUUGGGGUCAAUAAAAUUCUUUUUGAAAGAGCUUAAUAAUUUCAUUCAGCAGGGAUGCAUGAAAUUAAUACGUAACAGUAAAGACAUUCAUUAUGAUAUAAAAGAUUUCCAUUUCAAAUCAAAUAUGUUCUUUUGAAUUCAAAGAAUCUUGAAAAAAUUUUCAUAUGAAAUUGAAAACUGGAGCAAUAACUAAUGAAAGCUCAGCUUUGCCAUUUCAGGUAUUAAUUACAUUAUAAAAUAUAUUACAAUAGAAAGCAGUUAUAUUACAUUGUAAUAAUACUUCUCAUAAACUGUAUUUUUGAUUAAAUAAAUGCAUCCUUUGUCAAAAAAAGACAUUAAAAAAGUAUUGAAAAAUCCCAAACUUCUAAAUGGUAGUGCUGGUGUACCCCCAGUGUCACUACCAAAAAAGUUAGACUUGUGCAUCCAAUGAAAUAACAGUUUGAUACUGGAAAUGCUGAUUUCUUAUUUGAUUAUAGUAAUAAGACACAAUAGAUAUCCAUUUGCUGCAUGAUGAAAUUCAACGAAAGUGCAACCACAGACCCUUCAUUGUCUGGCACACAAGAUUCAAACAGUGGUACUCUUCAGAGUUGCUGGAAUUUAGUUUUAUAUCCAUUUAUUUGGGUAACAGGAAUCUUGAAAGUGUUUUUUUUUUAAAGAUUAUAUCCAUUUAUUUGGGUAACAGGAAUCUUGAAAGUGUUUUUUUUUUAAAGAGGAAUUCAUUGUAGGUUUUUUUUCUAUGCCACAUGCAUUUUUUGUGACACAUUAUAAGCUAAUACGACUCCAAUGGUUCUGUGAGAACAUCUCCAGUUUUUAACACUGUGAAAUAUUAUGACCAUUCAUAAAGGGCAAAAUGGGCUGUAGAUUUGUAUUUACCUUAAGUGAUUGGCCAUUGCACUUACAAAACCUAUAACAGUCUGUUUACUUAUCGAUGUUUGCUAGAGGUUGAUAUUUUAGCUUUUUAUUUUGAAGUUUUGAAUAAAUAUAAAAUCUAAAAAAAAAAUAAUAAUAAAAAAAAAAAAAAAAAAAAAACAAUAGAUGGUGAAUGUUCAUUGGCAUGGUAAAUGCUGUAAUUUCUGAGGCCUGUCAUAGACGUUUUACUGAUCAAAACACCACCUGAAAUUCCAAAACUCAAUGGUUAUUUUGCCUUAAAGUUAGUACCUAUGUGAAGCAGUGCUUUCCUAUCAGAGCUUGCUGUAUUUAUUAUGCUUUUGUAUAAAUUUCUCUGUGUAUCUUCUGCAUUUAUACUCUCAAAACAUUUUUUCCUCUUAUUGUGAGUGCUGAGAUAACAUAGUGUAGAAAUUUGACUGGAAUGCACUGUGCAAAUCGCCCCAUGUUUGAACAACCAGCUUUUUGUAUGCAGAUUUCAAUGCACAGAGCAAGAUGACAUCUAACAUUACCAAUGAAUUUAUUUCCUUUGGUCUAAGGCAGAUGGUAUUGAAAUGAAGAAAACACUAGUUUGGACACUGUGGCGUGCCUAUUCAUGUGCAUUGUUUAUUGUAUAAUUAGAAUUUAUAUGCAUGGCUAUAGUUAGCAAUCAUUUCCUUGUGUAAUUGAUAAACAACUGCAUAAUUUGACUUGCAUUUUAAUACUCCAUUGCAUUCUAGUUUGGAUGGUACUAUUGCCAGUUAAUUAGAAGUUAAUUAAGUCUUUAUCUUUCACUUUUUUCUGUUCACAUUGGCUUCUGUGUUUCCAGCUCUUAUGAAUUGGUUAUCGAUGGAGCUAAAAUAAAAUAAUAAUAAGAAGAAGAAAAUAAAAACAGUUCAAUUAUUUAAAUUCAGAUUUUAAAUAACAACUAUGAAAUUUUGUUUUCAGUGAAUAUGAAAGAAAUUAUUUUUUAAAUAAUAUUUGAAAGUCAAUGAUUCAAGACAAUGGUUCAUUUUGAUCUUACCUUUUUCUCUUUAUAAACUGUACUUUUGGCAGAUUUAAUGUUUAUUCCAUUAAAAAGAAAACAAUAAUGCUAUAACUGUGAACCCGUGUUUGAAGAAAUUGACUGUAAACUGAAUUUAAGCAUUGAUUUCCUGUUAACCUUGAGAUGUAUAGAUUUUACAUUCGUUCAUCUCAUUUUAGAGAAAGCUCUAAUGAGUCUGGCAAUAUUGUGCUGUAAUACCUGCGUGUCAUACAAAUCAAUUGGUUCAGUGUCUUCAUGACUCCUUAGAUAGAUUAACUGUGGUACUGCAAUUUAAAGAUAAACCAAAGAGGUACUGAUGUUUCUUGAAAUCUUGAUAUAUGAACAAUUGGCACAUUUUUUCCUUACAUUUGUUUACCAGAAAAUUAAUUCAGAUGGAGUGUAAAGGUGCAAAUGCAGCUUACGGUCUGCGUCAAUGAUCAUCUCAUAAGGGAGGGAAAAGAAAUGGUUGGUAGUUUAAUUAAAAGUGUGCUCUCCAAAUGAGAAGAAUGCAACAGUUCUCUUACAACACUAUCUGUAGUCAGUAUCAGUCAGUUUUAUUUAAGCAGGAUAGUUAAAAUCAUUUACAUUCAUUCUCUUCUGCACUUUUAAGACUAUAAUGCGAUUCAUGUGGUGUUUAUGUUACGUUUUUUUUUUCAAACCUUUUUACCAUAUUUAUUAUUUUUCUCUGUUACUUGAAUAUAUGGAGAAACCUCUGUAGAUGUUUGAUGAACUUGAUUAUGUUUGACUUGUUUGUAGAUGAACUUGAUUUCGGUUUACUUGUAUGUAGUAAAAUAAAGCUUUUACAUGUGA